UUGGGUGACAUAAAAGUAAAUUGUCUGCUGUAUGCUGAUGAUGCAGUGCUUAUUGCACCAUCAGAGGCAGAACUGCAGGCAUUAGUCACGUGUAUGAAAGAGGAAUGUGAAAUUAAAGGUCUCCGUUUGAACGCUAAUAAAACUAAGGUUCUGGUAUUUGAAAGGGACGAAGAGAGAACGAAGUGUGAAAUAUGGAUGGAGAACUACAGGCGAUCGCAACAAAACGACGACGGCUAUUUUCUGGAGACUCUGUAA